AUGGCCAGCGAGUUCCACCUCUUUCCCAAGCUCCCCGUCGAGCUGCGACGCGCCAUCUGGAGACACUGCCUCCCCUCGCGCGUCGUGGAACUCGACAUCCCUUACAACGAGCUCGUCGGCAAGGGGACGACCUGCCAGCUCGCGCACACCACCUCGCGCAACACACGACCCCCAGUCAUUUCCCGAGUAUGCCACGAGUCGCGCGAGGUGGCCCUGGAGGCUUACGACGAGGACUCUGAUUCUGACCCCGACCAACCGGGGUGGCUGGCGUCCAACACCACCGAGGGCGUGCUGUGGCUGCGCCCGUCGACCGACAUCGUCCACCUGAACUGGUGGCCGGCUUACAGCGGCCUCUACGACAGCGCCGGCGAGCCAAUCCCGUUCUUGCUGUGGCUGGCGGCCAGAAGCAGGGGUGCGUCUAUCACCGCAGAUCUGCUGCAUGGCUUUGAUAGCGAGUACAAGGGGGGGUACCACAAUGAAAGCUUUCCUCUUCUCGAGGGCAGGAAGGAUUAUCUGGUCUGCCUGAAGAUGGUCAGCAUCCACGUCUCGAUGGCCCGGGCCCUCGACUCCGGUCUCUUUGGCCGACUGGGCGAGGAGCCCAUCCAAUGUGUGGAUGCAUUUGAUGAAGACACGAUCCGGAAAUACCAGCAACUGUGGACUCUGGCGGCCCCGCCGGAGGACCGCGAGCCCGCGGAAUUCUUUGAGCUCGUCGAGACAAACCGUCUUAGGGAGCGGAUUCAGCAAUGGAGUGAGGCGGUAGAGAAGCUAUGGCUGUGGAACAAGUACUUUCAGGCUCAGAAUGAGGAGUUCCCCGGGAUUGACGAUCCCGACGCAAUCUGGCUGCGUCCGUCGGACGAAGAAGAUGAUGAUGAUGACCCUGAUCCACUCAGCAGCGGCGUCGGGCCCCGAUACUCUCCCAACAAGGGCCAUCCCUGGGUCAAAGAGAUCUUGGAAGCAAUGCCACGCUUCCGUCCGACGAUCAUGUUCCGACAUUGUGUGCUGAAAUGCUGGCUGUCGGACCCGCUGAAGAAGGGGACCCUCUAG